UCCUUCACGCACACUCCGUCAGCGAGUCUCUCGCUCACCACCUCCUUCCUUCUGCAGUGACGUCACUGCGGUGCCUGCGUCACUCGGUCGCAAGGUACUGCCGGAGAGCUCGGCUUAGUCGGCCGCAAGCACUGCGCCAUUUCACACUCGUCCUUUUCCUGGUGCGCCCGUCCGAACUUUCGCGUCGCCAUGCCGUGAUGUUUGGCCCUUCGUGGGUGCUGUUGGUGCCCGUGGUGGUCGCGGCGGCCGUCGCCGCCGCCACCACUCAGUGUCCCUCCAAGUGCAAGUGUUUGCAGUUGUCCAGCGGCGGCCGAGAGAUAUAUUGCGGUGACCUUCUCAAGGCCACCGAGCAACCACCUGAGCUCAGGGUGCAGUGCGAGUCCGACGAUGUUAGUGCUGAAGACUUGGCGCCGCUCAGGUCGAUGGGCGCCGCACGCAAGAUGUCGUUUUCCUACUGCUUGUUGCCAAAACUUUCUACCCUGGUGAACACGUCGGCCGUCGAGACCCUGGUGGUGGAGAACGCCAAGGGCACGCAACCGUUAUCGCUCGGACACCUGGACGGUUUUGACCACCUGCAGAGGCUGCAAUUAUCUUCUGAUAACAUUCGCGAGCUCCCUGAAGGUAUUUUCAGACCUUUGAUAGCCCUGAAAAAACUAGACCUUCGAGAUAAUUUGCUCAAGACGCUGCCUACCCUGCCGAGUACCCUGAUUGAGCUUGAGCUGGGACAAAAUUCUCUGACGCAACCACCCAGUAAUUUGAGUAAUUUGAGGUUAUUGAACCUAUGGAGGAACAAAGUCGACGUUCUGGCACCUUUGGAAGGCUUGCAGAAAUUGACCUCGCUCGACCUGAGUGUUAAUAAAAUGACUGGAAUCGCUCAAGACGCGUUUGCGGAACUGCCAGAGCUCCAGGAGCUGAACCUGAGUAAGAAUAAUUUCAAGGCGCUGCCUCCUGGUGUUCUGGCGUCUGUUGUAACGUUGAAGAAGUUGCGGCUGAACGACAACAACGCCACCAGGCUGAGUUUGCCACGAGGCUUCCUGGCCGAUUUGCAGCAAUUAGAGGAGGUCUCGAUUGAACGUUCAAGACUCGCUGCAAUUCCAGAGGCCUUCCUCAGUGGCACGAGUAAAUUAAAAACCUUAAGUUUGGCAAUCAACAGACUCGAAUCUUUGCCGGAAGGAAUGUUCACUGACUGCUCCUCGUUGGAGAAACUGGAUCUCAGCGGCAACAAACUGGCCGUCUCGCCAGACUUUACUGGACUGGUGGCGUUGAAGACGCUUCUGAUUAGCAAAAACCAACUGACUUCCAUAAGUUCCAACAUUAUGCAGCCCUUGAAAGCACUUCAAAAGUUGGAUAUGAGCUCUAACUUGCUCGACGACAUCCACACGUUGGCAUUCGCGGCUAACAGAGAAUUGCAAGACGUCAACAUGGAUAACAACAACCUCAGCCUUGAAAAUGUAUUGCGCGAUGACUUCUUGGGUGCCUAUUCGCCCUUACAGUAUUGCACAAAAUUGGAAACUCUAUCUCUGCGCAACAAUUCUAUCACAGAGAUCUUCGCUGAUUGGCGCAUUACUCUCCUCUUUCUUCACAAGUUAGACCUGCGAGAAAAUGAAAUAACAUUCGUCUCCGCCGAAGAAUUGAACUUCCUGUCUGACAACGUGGUCGUUGACCUUCGCAAGAACAAUUUGACAUGUGUCAACCUGAUGAACGUGGAGAACCAUUUCAGCGAUGAUGACAAACAUAAUCAUCCUGCAAAAGGCAGGAACGUAUUGAUAAAAAUGGACGGUGCCGCGAUUGCCUGCGACCAAUGCGAGACCUACGGUCUCUUGACCUACCUCGAGAAAAAGUACUCUGAGAAAGUGUACAAUUUGUUUAAAAUUGAAAUGAACACUGAAAACUCGUGCGUCGUUGGUCUAACGUCCGAGGACUUCUUAUGUCCCAUUUCAGCCAUACCAAAUGUCAAGAGCCUUGAAAACUGCACCGUCGCCUAUCGCCGAGCUUACAAAGGUGUACAACUGACCUGCAAUCAGCAUGUGUAUCCUCAACCAAGUGAACUAAAAAACCUCCAAAAGAUACCAAUUCUUCAAAUCGCCUUCCAAAACCUAUCAGGAAACUUCUCACUGCACGAAGUGAACCCCUCUUGGCUACAUUUGGGCAACAACAACCUGACUGCCGUUGAAGCACUUCCACCUAACCUGACUGAAUUGGAGCUGCACGGCAACUCUUUGCGCCGCUUGUCGCAAGAAAUUCUUGAAAAAAUCAACAAAACACAGCGGCUGACGCUGGGCAACAACCCUUGGAAGUGCGACUGCGAGGCCGUUGAAUUCAUGACCUUUGUGCAGCGCCGCUUCGCCGCGGUCUCCGACCUGGCCAACGUCACGUGUGAUGACGGACGCUCAAUCACCAAAAUCAGCUCUGACGAUUUAUGCAACACUUCGCAGAUUGCAGUGGCCGCAAGUGCAGUCAUUGCGACGACAGCCAUCAUUUUAGGCAUUUUUGCCGCUCUCUACUACAAAUUCCAACAUCAAAUCAAGGUGUGGCUCUACGCGCACAACCUUUUGAUGUGGUUUGUCACCGAGGAGGAGGUGGAUAAGGACAAAAAGUACGACGGAUUUAUCUCGUACUCCCACAAAGAUGAGAACUUCGUAGCGCACACGCUGGUACCUGGACUAGAGCCGCCCUUCAAAUUGUGCAUCCACGCCAGAGACUGGAACGCAGGGGAUUGGAUUCCCGAGCAAAUCGCCCGCUCGGUCGAAGAGUCGCGACGCACGCUUAUAAUUCUCUCUCCGAAUUAUCUGGAGAGCGUUUGGGGCCGAAUGGAAUUCAGAGCGGCUCACCAGCAGGCGAUGAGUGAAGGUCGGGCUCGCGUUUUGCUGGUUUUGCUGCAGGACGUGGGUCCUCUGGACAAGCUGGACCCCGAGUUGCGCGCCUACCUCUCUAUGAACACUUACGUGAAGUGGGGAGACCCGUGGUUCUGGGACAAAUUGAAAUACGCGAUGCCCCAUCGAAAACUGAAGGGCGAAGGACGCAAGGGUCCUCGACCGCUCGCCAUAAAGAUCAACGAUAAACUGGAGCAGUUGCAGAAUGGCGUUUCAAGCGUUUAAUCAACUUUUCCAAGUUUUGGUUUGCUCAAAUUUAGUAUUAGGGAGGAAUGAAAGAGAAUUAGCCUCUAGGAUGAAUAAUUGCGGUGAUUGUUACACGUGCUACACAAACGAAUCAAAAGUUUUCAAUAAACAAGUUGUAUAAACUAUAAAAAAAAAUACCUUU